UUGUAACAGAGUGAUUGGACAAUCAGAGAGAGAGAGACGAGCCAGGAAAGCACCGAAGUGCAAAGAGAGAGAGAGGCAGGGGGAAGCCGUGGACAGUCUCACAAACAGCGAUCAGUUUCGGCUCCUGGAGGAUGUCUGCGACCACAGUCGAUCAGAGACCUAAAGGACAAGGAAAUAAAGUGCAAAACGGAUCAAUGCAUCAAAAGGAUGGAGUGAAUGAUGAUGAUUUUGAGCCUUACCUAAGCGGCCAGACAAAUCAGAGUAACAGCUAUCCACCAAUGUCUGACCCCUACAUGCCCAGCUACUAUGCUCCAUCCAUUGGUUUUCCUUACUCUCUGGGAGAGGCUGCUUGGUCCACAGCAGGAGACCCACCUAUGCCCUACCUGACUACCUAUGGACAGAUGAGCAAUGGCGAGCCGCACUUCAUCCCCGAUGGUGUUUUCAGCCAGCCAGGCGCCCUGGGAAACACCCCACCCUUCCUUGGCCAGCAUGGCUUCAACUUCUUUCCUGGUAAUGCAGACUUUUCCACCUGGGGUACCAGUGUCUCUCAGGGUCAGUCCACACAGAGCUCUGUCUACAGUAACAGCUACGGCUACGCUCACAGCUCGCUGGGUCGGGCCAUCACGGACGGACAAGCAGGCUUUGGAAGUGACACCCAACUCAGUAAGGUCCCGGUGCUGAGCAGCAUUGAGCAGGGUAUGACGGGGCUUAAACUGGGUACAGACAUGGUGGCAGCUGUCACUAAAACCGUGGGCUCACCCUUAGGAGGCACAGCAGGUAUGAGCAGCAUGGCAGCCAAUAACCUCCCUCCGUCUGUCAGCUCGUCCGCACCUAAACCUGCCUCCUGGGCAGCCAUUGCCAAGAAGCCGGCCAAGCCACAGCCCAAGGUCAAACCCAAAGCCAACAUGGGGAUGGGGGGAGGCGCCACCAUUCCCCCACCACCCAUAAAGCACAAUAUGAACAUUGGUACUUGGGACGAUAAGGGCUCUCUGAACAAGCCCCCCUUAGCUCAGACUAUGAUGCCCCCCCAGCCUCUGGUGCAGCAGCCUCUCCUCGCUCAGCCCCAGCCCUUACUGCAGAACCCUUUACCCCCUCAGCCUCAACACCAGCCCCAGCACCAACACCAGCCCUUCCAACUACAGUCUCUCCAGUCCCCCCAACACCCCCAGCCUCUGCCCCCUGGCCCUCCACACAUGCACCUCUCAUCCCAACCUGGUCCCCUCAUCCCCUUCAUCAGCAACAACCAGCAGCCUGGACCACCCCCAAACCGCUGGGUGGCUCCAAGGAACCGCGGUGAGGGCUUUGGUCUGGGUGGUGGAGUCCCGCUGAGUGCCUCCCCCUGCUCUGGUGAAGUGCAUCCAGUGCUGGAGAAACUCCGUGCCCUCAACAACUACAACCCCAAAGACUUUGACUGGAACUUGAAAAACGGACGUGUUUUCAUUAUCAAGAGCUAUUCAGAAGAUGACAUCCACCGCUCAAUCAAGUACUCUAUCUGGUGCAGUACAGAACAUGGCAACAAGCGCCUGGAUGGCGCUUAUCGCUCAAUGGGCAACAAGGGGCCCCUGUACCUGUUGUUCAGCGUCAAUGGCAGUGGGCACUUUUGUGGCGUGGCUGAGAUGCGCUCACCGGUGGACUACAAUGCCUAUGCAGGCGUCUGGUCUCAGGACAAGUGGAAGGGCAAGUUUGAGGUGAAGUGUUUCAUCAAAGACGUGCCCAACAACCAGCUGCGUCACAUCCGGCUGGAAAACAAUGACAACAAGCCAGUGACCAACUCCAGGGACACUCAGGAAGUGCCUCUGGAGAAGGCCAAACAAGUGCUUAAAGUUAUCGCCACUUACAAGCAUACCACCUCAAUCUUUGAUGACUUUGCACAUUAUGAGAAACGUCAGGAAGAGGAGGAGGCUCUGAGGAAGGUGAGAUAAAUACACAUAAAGAGCCCUGUCCUCGGUAAACAGCUUGUUUGUAUGCAUGAGACAGUUUAGUUUAGUUACUCUUUAAUUCAAAGGGAGGCUAACUUUCAUUGAGUCACUGCUGCGGGCUGUUGUCAGACUGUUAUCAGCUGAUCUUGUUCCACCUGCUCUGAGGUUGUAACAUCCUGUGGCUGAGUGAACAGUCUGCCGUAAAUGGAAGUUCCCAGAGGCCUGUCAGCAGAUUGACAGGCCACCAUUACUCAUAAGCAGGUUCAGGAAACCCUGAUUCCUCAUCAGCCAUCUUAUGCUGUUGAGAUUGCGAUGAUCUGCCCAAGUGGAGUUAGAUGCAUGGAGGCUUCCUGAAAUAGUCCACAUUCCUGGCAUUCCUUCUUUCAGACAAAGGCAGAUGUAAGCUCUGAUCUCCCUUUGAACACCAAGCCUCUCUGCUCUCCACAGGCUCCUCAUGCUUUAUUAGCCUUUAACAACAUAAGCCCUCGGCCUACAAAGUGGCUGCAACGUGCCUCAGCACAGUUGGCACAGUUUGCCUCGGAUGUUCUAAAGUGUUGAUUUUUACAAUGUUUCCCAGUGAACUACAUGCUUAAAAUGCAUGAUUACAUUUGUUUGUGCGCAUAGUUCUAAAAAAAGCACACACAGUGCUCAUGGGGGAAGCUAAACUAUGUUGCAGUGGUAAUAACAGUGGUGUACCACAAAUGGUAGUCUAGUCAGGGAUUCUACUGCUGUGGAAAAACAGCAGCUAAAGAGCAAACAACAUGCUAUCGCUGAUAGCAUUCUGCUGCAUCCAUUCUUAGAUUCACCAGUAUGCUAAUCUAAUUGCAUCUAGAAAACCCCCAUGACCUGCUCCCUCCUUUUCUCCCACUCCCCCACUGCUGGUGCUCCAUUGAUGCUGUAUUGACUCCUCGCUGCUGACCUUGUUAAUAUGCAGUGGGUUACUUUCUCAUAAAUAUUUCAAGUCAAUGUUUUCAGCCUUCUGAAAACAACCUGUCAGUAGAAAGCCAGUUUCAUCCUGCGUGGUGCAGGCGUUGUGCUGUGCUGCUUUUGUAGCCCUGACCUCCUACAUGACAGGAUCGGCCCGGCUGAGGCCUCACCCUCGUUCGUCUGACAAGGUUAAUUGUUGUCUAUUGUUUGGCCUCUCCUUUCCGAACUUUGAGAGGUGUCAAACCAGACCAGCUACCUGCACAGUAACACCUCCCCAUAGAGCUUUAUUUUAAACGAUAACUUUACAUCCAAAUGUUUAUAAGCAUAACUAAUUUGCUUAUUAAAACAUAGAGGAUUGCUUUCUCCUUCCUUUGGAUAUACGGUGAUGAGGAAGCUUUUGGCAUGUUAGGACGAAUUCCACUCUCCAUAUAUGGUGUAUAACGAUUUAGGUUGAAUUUUGCACCAGGAAAUUGGAAUGCAUAUCAACACAGGUGGUUGAUUUCAAUAGAAAAGGUGUCAGGUUUCAUUUGACCUCAAGUCGUUUACAUUGACAUGACCCCUAUCCUUGUAGAGGUAGAAGGUCAGGCAUAAACUGAAUUUUGGAAGGCUUCUAUCCUGAGAGCGGCAGCCCUACUGGGGAUAGAGUUACUCUGGGGGCCUGGGUCUCAGUGGUUUUCCCACAGCGCUGACACGGACACCCUCAAAGAGGACACUGUUCCAGUUGAAAAACGGGCAAAAGAGUCGGCCCAAAAGCCGAGUCAUUGAAGUUUCUGAAGAUCUGUGGGCUAUUUGUCUUUAUUCCUCCUGGAUUUUUUUCCUGUACGUUGUGUCUUCAACUGACAGCUCACAGUACCCCUCUUUUUGUAAUCCACGACACACCUUUGAAUAUUUGGUGUCUGAGGUGUGCUGUGAUUACUCAUGUUGUGUAGACUGUCCUGCUUUAUCCAGGACUAAGUGAGACUUAUUACUACAAGCUGCAUGUAGUGGCUGCAGUCUCAUGCUAGUGUAAACAUAGCUGAAUAUUUGUUUAGUGCAUUCCUCAGGUCUUCUGAACUCAUUUUCUCUCUGUUUAUCUUACAGAGAUAUUCUCUCGCUUGCUGUUUCACUUACUUUAACACUAAAAUAGCAGAGAGAGGUGUCCUUAUUGUUGCAACUGAUUAGUUUUCUAACUAGUGUCUUGUUAAAUUAACCUAACAACUAUAAAUCUGCCCAAAAAAAAAAGAUUUGCGGCUCUCAUCUUAGUGUUUUCCAUCCAAGCAGGGCAGAGGAAAGGUUAAUGAAGGCAUUUUUUCUAUAAAUAAUUAACCAUAAUUUUCAUCUUUGCAGAACUGUUUGUGAUGUGUUUAUGGAAUACACAGUUUAAGACAAUGUGCAAAGCUUGAUUUUGGCUACAAACAGGUUUGGAAAGCAGCCUUUUCUAUACAAAUUGUCAUAUUAUUUAUACAGGUGUUUGCAAAGUGAAACAACGCAUGCUUGGGGAUAUAUUUGUGGUUUUUAGAUUUAAAAGAGAGACAGCUGUUUUAAAAUGCCCAAACUAAUUUAUGUUUACAUGGAGUUUACUUUCAUCAGCACAUUUAUGUUGUUAAUUUUCUUUGGUACCUUAUUAUGUUCACACUCCCUUGAUAAAUAGGAGAGAUGAAAGAAAUUCUUACAAACAGUCAAGCAGUUUACAGAAGGAGAAAAGGAUUUCCCAGUUAACUGAGAUCAAUUUAUUGCCAAAAAAAAAAAAAAAAAGUGGUCCAAUUGAAUAUUUGUCUUGUAUAACUUAAAGAACAUGUACUAGUGCGCAUAUGGAGGUAAUAUUUAGGUUUGCUGACUCAUACAAAGAGAAAGGCAUUCAUUUGAUACAUCCCUUUUAAGAGCUAAAAUCAAUAUUGGUUGUUUCAUGAAUGGGUCUUUUAUCAUCUCUGACACACUGGUGUAAUCAGGAGUCUCUCAAUGGACCUUUAGCACUCAGAGUUCAAGUGUUACAUCGAAGAUAUCAUAUUAGUCAGUGGCUCCAGAAUUCUUUGCUGUAUCAUUCCCGACUUCACUGCACAGUGGAAGCAUCUGCUGACUGUAUAGAAGGCAUUUAUUUUAAUACACAUUUAUCCCAUGAAUGCAGACGAGCAGAGCAGAUCUGAUGUUGCACUUUUAGCUGCUAUUUAUGGUUGUUUUACUUCUGGUACAAUCCACUGAUAUCUCCUUCUGUUUUUUUUUUCCUUCUCUGCUAG